CGCUCUUCCUGGUGGUAACGGGCCUGGGACUAGCUGAAGAACUACAGAUUGGAUUGUAGUUCUUCAACUGGAGCAGCAUGGCUAAACCGUGUGGGGUCCGCUUAAGCGGGGAAGCCCGUAAACAGGUGGAUGUCUUCAGAGACAAUCUUUUCCAGGAGGCUGAAGAAUUUCUCCACAGAUUCUUGCCACAGAAAAUAAUUUACCUGAAUCAGCUUUUACAAGAGGACUCUUUCAAUGUGGCCGAUCUCACUUCCCUCCGAGCCUCACUGGACAUCCCUAUCCCAGAUCCUCCACCCAAAGAUGAUGAGAUGGAGACAGAUAAACAGGAGAAGAGAGAAGUCCCUAAGUGUGGUUUUCUCCCUGGAAAUGAGAAGGUGUUGGCCCUGCUUGCUGUGGUUAAGCCAGAAGUGUGGACUCUCAAAGAGAAAUGCAUUCUGGUGAUAACAUGGAUCCAGCAUCUGAUCCCAAAGAUUGAGGAUGGAAAUGAUUUUGGGGUGGCAAUACAGGAGAAGGUACUGGAAAGAGUGAAUGCUGUCAAGACCAAAGUGGAAGCCUUUCAGACAACCAUUUCCAAGUACUUCUCAGAACGUGGGGAUGCGGUUGCUAAGGCCUCUAAGGAGACCCAUGUAAUGGAUUAUCGAGCUUUGGUGCAUGAACGGGAUGAAGCAGCCUAUAGGGAGCUCAGGAACAUGGUGCUGAACUUGAGGGCCUUCUAUGCUGAGCUUUAUCAUAUAAUCAGUAGCAACCUGGAGAAAAUUGUCAACCCAAAGGGUGAAGAGAAGCCAUCUAUGUACUGAGUUCAAGACUAGAAGAAAAAUAAAUGACGUGCUUUUUGUGGA